CGGGACUUAGCCGCGUCCGGGAGCUCGGAUGGGGGCGAUGUCACCGCGCACGCUGCUCCUGCUGCUGGCGGCCGCCCUGGCCCCGACCCAGAUUCGCGCGGGCUCACACUCGCUGCGGUAUUUCAAAACCGCCGUGUCCCGGCCCGGCCUCGGGGAGCCCCGGUUCAUCUCUGUCGGCUACGUGGACGACACGCAGUUCGUGCGCUACGACAGCGACGCGGAGAAUCCGAGAGAAGAGCUGCGGGCGAGGUGGAUGGAGCGGGAGGGGCCGGAGUACUGGGAGAAGGAGACACGGAAAAUCAAGGGACAGGAGCAGUGGUUCCGAAUGAGCCUGAGGAUCUUGCGCGGCUACUACAACCAGAGCGAGGGCGGCUCGCACACCUUCCAGAAGAUGUCCGGCUGUGACGUGGGGUCGGACGGGAGCCUCCUCCGCGGGUAUAAUCAGUACGCCUACGAUGGCCACGAUUACAUCGCCCUGAACAAAGACCUGAAGACCUGGACGGCGGCGGACUUUGCAGCACUGAACACCAAAAACAAGUGGGAUCUGGGUGAUGAGGCAGAGAGAAAGAGGGCCUACCUGGAGGGCACGUGUGUGGAGUGGCUCCACAGAUACCUGGAGCACGGGAAGGAGACUCUGCUGCGCUCAGAUCCCCCAGAGGCACAUGUGACCCUUCACCCCAGACCUGAAGGUGAUGUCACCCUGAGGUGCUGGGCCCUGGGCUUCUACCCUGCUGACAUCACCCUGACCUGGCAGUUGAAUGGGGAGGACCUGAUCCAGGACAUGGAGCUUGUGGAGACCAGGCCUGCAGGGGAUGGAACCUUCCAGAAGUGGGCAUCUGUGGUGGUGCCUCUUGGGGAGGAGCAGAAGUACACAUGCCUUGUGGAGCAUGAGGGGCUGCCUGAGCCUCUCACCCUGAGAUGGGAGCCUCCUCCAUCCACAGACUUCAACAUGAGAAUCAUUGCUGUUCUGGUUGUCCUUGGAGCUGUGGCCAUCAUUGGAGCUCUGGUGACUGUUGUGAGGAAGAGGAGGAGAAACACAGGUGGAACAGGAGGAGUCUACUCCCCUGCUCCAGGUUUUACCCUAGGCAGGGACAGCUGCCAGAGCUCUGAUGUGUCCUCCCAGAUUGUAAAGCAUGAAGACAGCUGCCUGGAGUGGACUGAGUGACAGACGAUGUGUUCAGGUCUCUGCUGUGACAUCCACAGCCCUCAGUUCUCUUUACACACCAGUGUCUGAUGUUCCCUCUGGUUUUGUGGGUUCGUUGUGAAGAACUGUGGAGCCCAGCCUGCCCCUGCAUUUCAGGGCCCUUUCUGCACUGCCCUGUGUUCUCUUCCACAGCCAACCUUCCUGCUCUGAAGUGGAAUACUCAGGGUUCUCAGGAAAGUUGUUUGGAUGGUGUUUUGCUGUGGCAAACAGGAGGAAUGUUUCCUUACAGUGGACACAGGUGUGAAAGACUGAGAUUGACUGGGGAAGGAAUGUUUCCCUCAGACAGACACAGGAGAGAGGAUGUUCUGCUAAAGCAAGCACAUGAAAGGACACGCGAUGAAGGAGACUUUGCUCACAACAUGCAUGUAUUGGUCUGCCUUACAUUGCGUACUUGAGCUGUAUUUGUCACGGCUCCAUAGUGAGAAAUGCACCAAUUAACUUCUGGUGGUGUGCUGCAGUCUGUUGCUGCUUCUGAGGACUGUGGCAGACUGGAUGCA